GUGUUUGUGAUACGCAUUGAAAUUCAAAUUGUGCCAAGAAUUAUUGUGCAGUUUUUCUGUGAGUUUCUCUUGUGCUAAUGUGAGUUCAAAGUCAGAAGAUUCUGGCACGUUUUGAGUGUGAUCAUCUGUGGAAAUCAGAGCUAAUUCAGUUCACCUCAGAAGCACCGCGUGAAUUUUGGUGGCUUUCCGGGGUUGGAGGAAUACCCGAAGUUGCUGAGUGUGUUUGAACAAUUGAGAGGAACUCUUUGCCAUCGCGAUUCAGUGAAUGUCAACUGAACCAUGCGCGACACGCGGCUCAUAGCAUUCAUUCUUCUAUCUAUCAAUUACUUCGUGCCGCAGAUAUGUGGUCAAGAGCUGCUGCGGACCCUGUUUGCCAUGACGAACGACAUCUACUUCAAUCAGUCUUUCAGGGACACGGUCGACUUUCUGCCAGAGUAUGACUUUAUUGUGGUGGGCGGUGGAAGCGCCGGAGCCGCAGUGGCUGGCCGUCUGGCUGAGGUUGAGGAGUUCAGUGUGCUCCUCCUCGAAGCUGGCCAGGACGAGACCAUCCUCACUGAUGUGCCCUUAUCGGCCAGCCUGAAUCAACUCACAGCCGCCAAUUGGGGCUACAAGCCCGAACCCAGUCCGAUUGCGUGCGUAGGACUCAAAGGCGGCACUUGCAACUGGCCGAAAGGACGAGUUCUGGGCGGUACGAGUGUCCUGAACUAUCUGGUCUUCAACCGUGGCCAUCGACGAGACUUCGACGGUUGGGCGGAAGCGGGAAAUGUCGGUUGGAGCUACAGUGAUCUUCUGCCAUACUUCAAGAAACUCGAGAAUGUACAAGUGCCGCAGUUUCAGGACCCCGCCUACAGAGGCAUGGAUGGUCCAGUCACAAUUGACCAAAGUCCCUUCGAGACUAAAAUGUUGAGAGCUUUCCUCGAGGCUGGCCCGAAGUUUGGAUACAAAAUCAAUGAUCCCAACGGAAGGGAAAUGUUGGGCUUUUCCAAAAUUCAAGCCACGCUUCGCAAUGGUCGAAGAUGCAGUUCUGCAAAGGCUUAUCUUCGUCCAAUGGCCAACAGACCAAAUCUACACAUCGCCAAGAGGAGUUGGGUGACCAAAAUCCUCAUAGAUCCCAUUACAAAGACUGCCACAGGAGUGGAAUUCCUCAAGAACAAGCGGAAAUACGCCAUUAGAGCAUCCAAGGAAGUGAUCUUGUCAGCCGGCGUGAUUGGAUCUCCUCAGUUGCUCAUGCUCUCGGGCGUGGGACCAGCUGAUCAUCUCAAGAGCCUGGGCAUUCCUGUGCUGCAAGACCUGAAGGUGGGAUACAACCUUCAGGAUCACAUGUCGCUGCCAGGACUGGUGUUUCUCAUCAACAAACCCUUGUCUGUUCGAGAGAGGGAUGUUAAUAAUCCCUUAACUGUCAUGGAUUACUUCCUCUUCUCGCGUGGACCUCUGACAAUCCCCGGAGGAUCCGAAGGAUACGCCUUCGUGAAAGUGCCCAACUCAACAUUGCCUGAUGACUAUCCUGACAUUGAAAUCGUUUUGGGCACCGGUGGUCUCAACAAUGACGACUCCAGGGCGAUUGGACACCUGCUCGGGAUUCCAGAGCAGUUCUACAGGAAGACUUACGGACCUAUUCUCGGGAAGCACUCCUUCAGCUUGGUGCCAGUCAGCAUGAAGUCGAGGAGUCGCGGGCGAAUCACUCUCAGGAGUAAGAAUCCCUUCCACUGGCCCAAAAUGGUGCACAAUUACAAUCAGGAUCCCGAGGAUGUGAGAACCUUAGUUGAAGGAAUUAAACUCUGCGUGAAGAUUGGCGAGAGUGAGAGCUUUAGGAAGUACGGAGCGCGCCUCAAUCGAAUACCUUAUUUGGGCUGUGAGAAUGAAGUCUUCGGCAGCGACAAAUACUGGGAAUGCUGCAUUCGUCAGAUUGGAUCAAGUCUCCAGCAUCAGGUCGGCACUUGCAAGAUGGGUCCUUCAGGCGAUCCGAGUGCCGUGGUGAAUCCUAAUCUGCAAGUCCACGGGAUCCGCAAUCUCAGGGUGGCGGACGCCUCAAUAAUUCCCGUCAUUCCAGCCGCGCACACGAACGCCGUGGCAAUGUUGAUUGGCGAAAAAGUGGCAGAUAUGAUUAAGAAUUUGUGGAGGAAUUCUGUGUGAUCGUUUCUAGCAUCUCAGAAGUCAAGACAGUGGCCUAGUCAUAAAGUUAAUGCUGUAGAAUAUCCAAUAAAAUAAAAUUCAUCAAUU